UUUUUUGUUUGGCACGCCGCUGAGAACUGGUUUUAGGUACAGAGCUUUUAGCAAGAUUCAUAUCAUCUUUAGUUGUUGUUAUUGCAGUUUUCUGCAGGUUAGGUAUCUUAAGGCAGAGAGAACAAUGCAGGAUCAGAAGAUGUGUGAGAAUCAGAGACUAUGAACCACAGAUGUGUGGAAGAAAACCCACUGUUGGGGAAUUUCUGUCAUAUUAGUGGCACACAAAAGCAAAAUGAAGCAAAAUCGAUGAAUGGAGUCCUUACUUUUUAAUGAAGAGUAAUAACUGGAUGAGAAAGAACUUACGGUUCACCAUUUUGUAACCCAACUAGAGAGGUAUCAACAAGAAGAAACCCCAAACAUCUCCCUACCUGCAAGCAGGCAUUCCUAAUGGAAGCAUGAACUCUACUGCACAUAACGAUAUAUGUGAGAUAAAUCAUGAACUAGAUGAAUAUUUGUUUCCAGUUCUCUACAGCAUUUUGAUGAUCAUUAGCAUUCCUGCCAACCUUGCAUCCCUUUUCAUUUCCUGCUGCCAGGUGAAGAAAAAAAAUGAGCUAGGCAUCUAUCUUCUCAGUCUAUCUUUAGCUGAUCUACUCUACACGCUAACUCUACCUCUUUGGAUUUACUAUGCACAGAAUGGGGAUGACUGGAGACUUUCCCCAGACCUUUGCAAGUUGUCUGUUUUUCUCAAAUACUUAAAUUACUACACCAGCUCGGGAUUUCUCACCUGCAUUUCUCUUGACAGAUACUUUGCUAUAGUUCACCCACUGAGGUUUCAUUAUUUACGUACAAGAAGAUUUGCCUUGCUUAUUUCUGCCUUAGUUUGGGGUUUUGAAAUCAUGUCAAACUUUCAGAUUUUAAAACAAGAAGAGAUAUUUCCAGAACAUGAUAACUCAAAAGAGACCAACCACACUUUAUGCUAUGAUACAUACCCUCUACAGGAAUGGCAAGCUUGGUUGAACAUUUACCGGGUUGGAGUAGGAUAUAUGAUCCCUUUGAUUAUCAUGGUGUUUUGCUACCAGAAAAUAUACCGAGCUGUGGAGCAUAAUCAAGCGACACAAGAGUGUGACAAGAGGAAAAUCAAACACUUACUGUUGAGCAUCAUUGCCACUUUCUUUUUGUGUUUCACUCCCUACCAUGUUGUUCUUUUUCUGCGGAGCAUCAUGGAGCGGCACAACUGUUCCAUUGCCAAGGUGAUGUUCACACCUUACAGAAUCACAACUGCACUGACGAGUUUAAAUUGUAUAGCUGACCCAAUUCUCUAUUGCUUUGUGAGUGAAACUGGUAGAACAGAUAUCUGGAAUAUGUUCAAGUGUGACCUUUCUGUCAGCCAACCAGAGGUACAAAAGACCCAAAACUUUGUUGUGUCCAGAGGUUCACAGUAUAAAACCAAUAAUGUGCCAGAAUCAGCAACAUUCUUAUAGACCAUCAGACAACAUACUGCCAAAGUAAAAUUUGGUGAAAAUGGAAUAUUAUCUUAUUCCUCCCAUUUCUUUUCUAAGAUUGAAAACAACCUCCUUCUAGCCACUGGCCAGAAGAGUCUGCAGAUAAGGUUGAUCCAAGACAUCUUCUUCUUGUGGCCAAGACAAGAUGGUGCCUUCUCCCCAUACCACCUGCCCAACUGCUCAGAACUGACAGUGAAAUUUUAUUCCAGUUUGUUAUUAUUUGCCAUUAAGUCAACUUCAAUUUAUGGUUACCCUAUGAAUGAGAGACCUUAAUGAAGUCUGAUCAACAGCCCUCCUCACCUCUUGCAAACUCAGGGUUAUGGCUUCCUUGAUUGAAUCAAAGCAAUAUUGGUAGACCAAACAGCACUUUCCACUGUACCAGAGGAUAAAAGGAUAUCUAGAGGGCUGAUCAUAUGACGGUAACAACUAAAUCCUCAAGGAAAUUGCCUGAAAAGCUUAGGAGGAAAGAGGGAUGCUACUUAACCUCCCCCCAGCCUCUUCCACCUGCAGUGCUUGGUUUAUUCUGCCUCAUAGUAGAGCCAGACACGUUACAGAUUAACAGAGGGACUACUUCUCUGUGUUGAUAUAUCUUUAAGCCUCUGACUCUACCUACAGCUCUUUCUUCUUUCUCCUUCAGUAGAGAAGCCUGAAACUUUGGUUAUGGCAUCAUGUGCCCUAGGCCAGAAGACACCAUCAUACACCAGUGUAUCCUUAAUAUUUUACACUGAAGCUUUGUGAUGGAUUUUACUGAUUGUUAAAUUCUUUGAAAAUCCAUCUUAGCAAAAAAGAAGGGUAUAAAUGUUAGAAAUGACUAGAAUUUUAUUAUAUAUAAUAAAA